AAAAAUGACGUGUGAGUUGCCCGACCGAAGAAGAGAGCGCAGUGAAUACGCUUUCUUCGUUCUUUCUCGUUGCUUCCGUUUUCUACGUACAGUUCUGCGAGUAGGCGGAAGUCCAUUUGGACUGACGAUGCUGUUGAAGUGGAUGUUGUGAAGGAAGCAGGUUCAUACUGAGUGAGCGACUCGAUUCCUGGAGGAGGAGGCGGAUACUGAAUACGCAUCAUUAAAAAUGCUGCCAGUCAGUUAGACUAAGCAGCUUGUCUCCCUAGGUAUCCAAUGAUACACUGCUGUCUAAAGACAAAACUACCGAAUUCAGACGCUUUUUCUUUUCCCCUCUGUGACCAAGGAGGAUCCCUUACAGACAGGCCGUCAUUAGUGCUGGCUUCCGAACGAACAUUAGCUGCUAAGCUGCUAUCGUAAAAAGGUUGUGUGUUAUAAUUCCUGAACCAACACCAUGACAACCAUGGAGCUUCAUCUCAACUUAAUUGCUCAACUUUUACAAUUGUGAUCCAAGAGAAAACAUAUCCUUGAUGCCGUGACAUACGGGACAGACUCAGUCCAAGAUGGAGAAAAAGAAAAUGUGCCCUCGCCUUCUGGACUACUUGGUAGUUGUUGGAGCAAGGCAACCAAGCAGUGACAGUGUGGCCCAGACACCUCAACUCCUCCGUCGUUACCCACUGGAAGACCACCAUGACUUCCCACUCCCACCGGAUGUGGUAUUUUUUUGCCAACCAGAGGGCUGUCUGAGCAUACGCCAACGGCGAGUAAGCCUUCGAGAUGACUCCUCGUUUGUUUUCACCCUGACCGACAAGGAUUCAGGAACCACACGCUAUGGAAUCUGCAUCAACUUUUACCGCUCCUUUCAACGGGGACAUCACCGUCCCCGUGGCGACAAGACCAGUCACACAGAAACAACAGUCCAGGCAGCAGAGACAGCAAGCGAAGGGUCUGAUUGCAGUGGUAGUGUUGGCCAAUCUUCCGAGAUACCUACAGUCAACAAUACUGACUCUGCACUUCUGCCUGCCUCUGGAGCAGAAAGCGAACAAUCUGGUUCUGAACUAAAUGCUGGAAAGUCCCCGCAGCAGAGACGAAAUGCUGCAAAAAUUGCAGCCAAGAAUCGAAAUAGCACAUUAACCUCACUCUGCAUACUCAGCCAUUACCCUUUCUUCUCCACCUUCAGAGAAUGCUUGUAUAUUUUGAAGAGGCUAGUAGACUGCUGCAGUCAGAGGCUCACACAACGUGCUGGACUCCCUCGCGCCACUCAGAGGGACACAAUGUGGCGAGUUUUCACUGGUGCGUUGUCAAUUGACGAGAAAGGAAGUCAGCUGUUGGCAGACCUGAAGGAGAUUGAGUCCUGGGUGUACAGGUUACUGAGGUCACCAGUACCAGUGGCCGGUCAAAGACGUGUAGAUGUGGAAGUAUUGCCACAGGAGCUAAAAAGGCCCCUCACCUUUGCAUUACCAGACAACUCCAGAUUCUCCAUGGUGGACUUUCCUCUGCACCUACCUUUAGAGCUGUUGGGUGUGGACGCCUGUCUCCAGGUUCUGAGCUGUAUCCUUUUAGAACAUAAGGUUAUUCUUCAGUCCAGAGAUUACAAUGCUUUGUCUAUGAGUGUUAUGGCAUUUGUGGCCAUGAUCUACCCUCUGGAGUACAUGUUCCCUGUCAUUCCUUUGCUGCCAACAUGCAUGACUUCUGCUGAGCAGCUCCUUCUUGCUCCCACUCCAUACAUUAUAGGUGUACCAGCCAGUUUCUUCCUCUACAAGUCUGAUUUCAAAAUGCCAGAUGACAUUUGGCUUGUGGAUCUUGACAGCAGCAAGGUGAUAGCACCCACCAAUGCAGAGCUGCUACCACCACUGCCAGAGCCCGAAUCAGUAGAACUUAAGAAACAUCUUAAACAGUGUCUGGUUAGAUUGACCCUGAUCACCCAAAAGCAGAUCUUCUCCUCUGAGAAUAAGGCUUUAGCGAGUAUGAGUUUAAACACCCAGCCCAUCCUGAAUCUGGAGAAGUUCCAGGAAGGUCAGGAUUUACCCCUUCUCCCUCCUGGAAGGGAUAAAGCAUCUCCAUCUUCCACUGAGUUCAACCCUCUCAUCUAUGGAAAUGAUGUUGAUUCUGUGGAUGUGGCUACAAGGGUGGCCAUGGUGAGGUUCUUCAACUCCCCCAAUGUUCUUCAGGGUUUCCAAAUGCACACUCGCACCUUGCGCCUUUUCCCGCGACCAGUGGUGGCUUUUCAAUCAACGUCUUUUUUGGCAUCUCGUCCACGACGAUCUAGCUUUGCAGAUAAACUUUCCCACACACAAGCUGUGGAGUUCUACGGAGAAUGGGCUCUGAACCCCACCAAUCUUGCAUUUCAGAGGAUACAUAACAAUGUGUUUGAUCCCUCUUUAAUUGGAGAUAAGCCUAAAUGGUAUGCUCACCAGUUACAGCCAGUGGUCUACAGAGUUUAUGAUGGAAGCUCUCAGCUUGUUGAAGCUAUGGCUGGACCCUUAGAAGAUGAGGGCAAUGAAUCUGAUCCCACAGAUAGUGGUAGUGACAGUGAGGCAUAUGAUGACUCCAGCUCCUCUUACUCAUCCCUUGGUGAUCUUGUGAGUGAAAUGAUCCAAGGUGACAUCCAGGGAGACACGCCCAGCUUGGACCCUCCAACCCACGCUGCCUUGGGAGAUGCAAGUGAGGUUGAGUUUCAUGACUUCCAUGACUUCAGGGAAGGACACGGCUCAGAGGGUCCACCAAGUGGAGAUUUACUUGCUGAAACCACUGAUGGACAACCUCUUCGCUCAAGUUCUAGCACAACUGCUAGUUCAAGUCCCAGUACAAUCAUCCAAGGAGUGAACAAUGACCAGGCGGAAGUACCUGAGAUUGAAGCAUCAGCUACCGCAGCUUUACAGAAUCCUGUUCCUGCAUUGAGCUCUCAGCCUUUCCUGAGGCCACCAUCUGACGGCGGCAUGGUGACCUCAAAUAACAAAAAGCAAGAGUAUGACAACCCGUACUUUGAGCCUCAGUAUGGCUUUCCUUCGGAAGAUGACAAUGAUGCAGAAGAGCAAGUGGAGUCGUACACUCCCAGAUUCAACCAAAACCUCAAUGGCAACAAGACUCAGCGUUUGCUACGGCCCAGUAGCCUGAGGCUUCCAGGAGAGUCCGAUGGUGAGGGAGACUCCCGUAACAGCUCACCAAAUUCCACUAUUUCCAAUAGCAGCAAUGAUGGAUUUGGUGGACUUAUGUCCUUUGCUAGCAAUCUAUACAAGAACCAUGGGACCAGUUUCAGUCUGUCUAAUCUGGCUCUUCCCAACAAGGCAGCCAGAGAGAAAGCAACACCCUUCCCUAGUUUAAAAGGCCCACGUCCACCACGAGCUCUUGUGGACCAAAAGUCGUCAGUUAUCAAGCACAGUCCCACAGUAAAGAGAGAGUCUCCUUCUCCACAGGGUAGAGUCAACAACACAAGUGAGAACCAACAAUUCUUGAAGGAAGUGGUGCAAAGUGUUCUGGAUGGUCAGGGUGUGGGCUGGCUCAACAUGAAAAAAGUUCGCCGUCUGUUGGAGAAUGAGCAGCUUCGUGUUUUUGUGCUGAGUAAACUGAACAGGGCCGUGCAGUCGGAGGAAGACGCCAGACAGGAGAUCAUACGUGAUGUGGAGGUGAACAGAAAAGUCUACAAAGGAAUGUUGGACAUCUUGAAGUGCACAGUUUCCAGUCUUGAGCAUUCUUACACCAAUGCAGGUCUGGGAGGAAUGGCCAGCGUGUUUAGCUUAUUGGAAAUAGCAUGCACACAUUACCAAACCAAAGACCCAGAAAAACGCAAGCGAAGCCCCACAGACAGUGCUGGCAGCCCGGGCAGUAAAGAGAGUCCUUCUGGUCCUAUGGAGACUGCCAAACCUCAGGGUCUUCUGAAUAUCCCCCACCUGCAGCUGCCGCAUCACACCACGGGCAAAGGAGCCCGGCAUUUUGACACCCGAAGCCUUAAUGAGGAGAACUUUAUUGCCUCGAUUGAAUUGUGGAGCAAGCACCCGGAUAAGCAAAAUGCUAUGGAAAAACUACAGAGAUCUGAUGGGGCAAAGCAGCAGCGCCCCCCUGUGGCAGAUGCAGAGGAGAAAAAUUCUCAGAUCAGUGCCGACAGUGGCCUCAGUGUCACUUCAGGAUCUCAGAAGAGUGACACUGAAUCUGUAACAAGCUCCGAGCCACCGAUUCUGACAAGAACCACGAGCCAGGACUCAGAGGCCAGCACAGUGAUAAGCAACAGCUCUGGGGAGACUCUGGGAGCCGACAGUGACCUAAGCAGCACAGCAGGAGACGGCCUUGGUGGGAGGACUGCGGCUCAUCUGAUGCAGUCUAGAGGGACUCUGUCUGACAGCGAGAUUGAAACCAACCCAGCCACCAGCGCAGUGUUUGGAAAAACCCACACACUGAAACCUGGUGUUAAAGAACAUGUGGCUGCUCCAUUAAAGGCACAGCCUGUGCAGCUGAUGGAGGACUACAGUAUGAGGAUUUAUCUCUGUGAGGGCCUGCUAGGCCGUGAUAAGAGCUCCGUAUGGGAUCAACUAGAAGAUGCUGCCAUGGAAACCUUCUCUCUGAGUAAGGAGCGCUCCACGUUGUGGGACCAGCUGCAAUUCUGGGAGGAUGCUUUCUUAGAUGCUGUGAUGCUGGAACGUGAGGGCAUGGGGAUGGACCAGGGACCGCACGAGAUGAUUGAAAGGUACCUGUCACUGGGGGAACAUGACCGCAAACGCCUGGAGGAUGAUGAAGACAGACUUCUGGCCACUCUGCUGCACAACAUGAUAGCUUACAUGCUAAUGAUCAAAUUGAACAAAAAUGACAUCAGGAAGAAAGUGAGGCGUUUGAUGGGAAAGUCUCACAUUGGCCUCACAUACAGCCAAGAGAUCAAUGAGAUACUGGACAAACUGGCUAAUAUGAACGGUCGUGAGCUGUCCAUCAGGCCCAGUGGGAGCCGCCAUAUCAAAAAGCAAACGUUUGUUGUUCAUGCUGGCACUGACACCACAGGAGACAUAUUUUUCAUGGAGGUGUGCGACGACUGCAUCGUCUUACGCAGCAACAUCGGCACAGUGUAUGAACGUUGGUGGUACGAGAAGCUCAUCAACAUGACCUACUGCCCCAAAACCAAGGUCCUGUGUCUCUGGAGGCGCAACGGCCAAGAGACACAGCUCAACAAGUUCUACACAAAAAAGUGUCGUGAGCUGUACUACUGUGUGAAAGACAGUAUGGAAAAAGCUGCAGCGAGACAGCAAAGCAUCAAACCAGGUCCAGAGCUGGGUGGGGAGUUUCCCGUCCAGGACAUGAAAACAGGAGAAGGUGGACUCCUGCAGGUCACACUGGAAGGAAUUAACCUUAAAUUCAUGCACAGCCAGGUUUUCAUAGAGCUGAGUCACAUUAAAAAGUGCAAUACAGUGAAGGGAGUCUUUGUCCUGGAGGAAUUUGUUCCUGAAACUAAAGAAGUGGUGAUCCACAAGUACAAGACCCCUAUGGCACAUCAGAUCUGUUAUUCCGUCCUCUGCCUUUUCUCCUACGUGGCGGCAGUGAAGGGGAAGGAUGCAGAAGGAAAACCCAAGUUGCUGUCUCCUCGACCUCUGCCUAGCUAGUCUACAUUCCUAUAGUUCCCCACCUCCUCCUUGUCCCUCCCCCCACCCCCCACCCUCCCAGUGAUCUCUGGAGUGCCUCUUCUGACAAUCCAUAACUUUAUUCUAAGCACACAACUCCUGCUCCCCGCUCCUGUACAUACCAGCCCUGUUUAGAGCGUGUUGUGUAGACGUGUUUGCUCUGUGAUGUCAUGUAAAUACUCCCUCGCUGCUCCUCUUGUGUGACAGACUGAUGAUGUAAAGACUCAGCAGUUUGGUGAGGACAUAGCUCAUCGAGGCCCAGAGUGCAUGCAGGUCCCGUGCACAGCCUCUACACUCACGCCUCCAACUUUUGACCUCCAUCUCCUCGUCUCGUCUUCAUGGUAAUUCUGUAAUGAUGUGGUUGUUGUAAAGUUCCGGUCUGUCCAGGUUUGUAGUCGUGUUUAGGAAAAAAAAAAAGCGUCGGCCAGACGUCCUGCUCAGAAAGUGCUCUUGUAAACUGCAGCAGAGAACCGCAUGUUCACGCUUCUACAACGGUGUUGGAACCCUAAAGUAACGUCAGUGUUCUCCAGACCCAGCCUCUCACAGGUUGCAGUACUGUUCUAGUUCUACUGUAAGCUCCCCCAUCUGUGGUCCGCUGUUAUCAACUGCAUGUUAGACAAAAAAUAAAUAUUAUAUAUAUAUAAUUCUAUAUAUAGUAUUUAUUUAAUAUAUAUUCACUGUAAAAAGAAAAUAAAUGUUUAUUUGCUAGAUGUGCAAUACGUACUGAGUACCUAAGGAUGGCCAGUUGUUUGUUUUUGUUUUUGUUUACUGGCUUUCACAGAGUGGAGAAUGUAAGAGGUUUUUGUUUUUUGUUUGUUUUACAGAAAGUCCGUAUUGAGUGGUGAAGGUGACGAUGUGUUUUAAAGCUGACUGUUAAAAAGUGGCUGUUUUCAAAGGUAAAACAACUUGCACUCUGGUUGACAACUAGGACCGUGCCCACAGUUUGGUGAUGUCACACAUGAGUGUUUGAGCUGCCUGUUGCUUUUUGUCACAACUAAGAAUUUGCAUAUGUGAUGAGUAAGGUCGCUUGAACACUUGAAAGAUGUUGGACAAAUACCACAGUUACAUGUUACAGAUGGAUUUCCUGAGUCCAAGUAAAAAGUACAGUGUAUAGUACAGUACAGUGAGAUCAUGCUCAGUACAGGCUGUCCACAACACAAACCACGAUUGAAAAUGUAAAAAACUUAAACCUAACACCUACGUUCUAGCUGAAAAGAAAGUUAAAACGUGUUCCAAAAAAGAACAAUACUUAAUCCCAAAUUAUUGCUCACCCAAGAACUGCAAAAUCCCUCACUGCUUCCACUGGGUGUUAAACAACAGACACGUUUCCAUUUAGCGUUAUUACUGCCCCUAAUUGGCUACUUUUUCCCACUCUUUAUAUUUUAACUCUGGAUAUGCACUGCAAAGACAAACCAGAAAACAAGGUAAUCGUGUAAUGAGUAUUUUUAAUAUUGAAACAGGAUUUGGAAAUGCGCAGUGAGGGAAGACAAAAAAAAUCAUGUUAGUACAUCAUUUAACAGCAGCAGUUUUUUGUGCCGAUUUUCCCUCAGUUCCCAGAAACAACAGUCUCCUGAUGUGUUGUUGUUAGUCAGUCCCAUCACUGUAUUUGUGUGUGUGUGAACCAUUUAUUCCAGAACAGCAAUAUUGGUACAGUUCAGUCGCUGGAAGAUCUUUUAUUUUCACCUUGCUUGUAUUUUAGUAACUUAACAGAUAAAACGUAGGAGUGAAAAAAUAUACCGUAAAGCUGUUUCCUUAAGGAAUGUCGACACCUGUCUACCAAAAUGGAUCAGAACAGUUAUGUGAUGUUUUUUUUCUAUUUUGUUUUGAUUUGUAUUAUACUGGAAUCGUACAGUUUAUCUGCUGUCAUGAUACGAGCCAUCUGCUGUAAUUACAAGACAAAAAGUUAAUAAAAUGCAAGGUGUAAGUAUU